AUGUCGUGGGUCGAGUUUGCCCCAGCGUUGGCAGCGCAGUCCAGCGAACGCCGUGUAGUCGCCCACAUCCCUGGAGACAUCAUCAUUGGAGCCUUGUUUUCUGUCCACCACCAGCCUCCUGCCGAUAAAGUUCACGAGAGGAAAUGUGGAGCAGUUCGGGAACAGUACGGAAUCCAGCGUGUGGAAGCCAUGAUGCACACCCUCGACCGGAUCAACGCCGACCCACGCAUCCUUCCCAAUGUCACGCUGGGAUGUGAAAUCCGAGACUCCUGUUGGCAUUCCGCAGUCGCCCUCGAGCAAAGCAUCGAGUUUAUCCGUGAUUCACUGGUUGCAGCGGAUGAUGGGGAAGAGGGUGGGGCUUUUGGUGGUGGGGGAGGACCAGGAGGCGGGGCUGCAGUCAGAUGCGCUGAGUCUGGAGCCACGCCUAUGAGAGGAAAGAAGCCCAUCGUAGGGCUGAUUGGUCCAGGAUCAAGUUCUGUGGCAAUCCAGGUUCAGAACCUCUUACAGUUAUUUAAUAUUCCACAGAUUGCAUAUUCAGCCACGAGUAUGGAUCUGAGUGAUAAAUCUCUGUAUAAAUACUUUAUGAGGGUGGUCCCAUCAGAUGCUCAGCAGGCAAGAGCCAUGGUUGACAUUGUGAAGCGAUAUAACUGGACUUACGUCUCAGCCAUACACACAGAAGGGAACUAUGGCGAGAGUGGCAUGGAGGCGUUUAAGGAGAUGGCGGCGAAAGAGGGCAUCUGCAUUGCUCACUCUGAUAAGAUCUGGAGUAACGCUGGAGAGCAGAACUUUGACCGCCUGCUUUUGAAGCUGCGCAUCCAUCUGCCUAAGGCUCGUGUGGUUGCCUGCUUCUGCGAGGGCAUGACGGUGCGUGGGAUCCUCAUGGCCAUGAGGCGACAGAACCUGGUGGGAGAGUUCCUAUUGGUGGGCAGUGAUGGAUGGGCGGAUCGAUAUGAUGUCACUGAUGGUUAUGUUCGUGAGGCAGCAGGAGGUAUCACCAUUAAACUGCAGUCUGCAGACGUUAAAUGGUUUGAUGAUUAUUACCUGAAGCUCCGCCCUGAUAACAACAUGAGGAACCCAUGGUUCCCUGAGUUCUGGCAGCACCGAUUUCACUGCAGACUCAAGAGUCACCCACAGGAGAACCACAAAUACAACCGCACCUGCAGCAAGAGAGAUUCUCUGCGCCAGCAGUAUGCUCAGGACACAAAGAUGGGUUUUGUGAUCAAUGCGAUUUAUAGCAUGGCUUACGGAUUACACAACAUGCAGAAGGCUUUGUGUCCAGGAACAGUGGGACUGUGUGAGGCCAUGAGGCCCAUUGAUGGAGCCAAACUGCUAGAAUUUCUCAUGAAGACCAACUUCACUGGGGUCUCUGGUGAAAACAUACAAUUUGAUGAGAAUGGAGACUCACCUGGCAGCUACGUGAUAAUGAACUUUAAGAAGAUGGGUAAAGAUUACUAUGACUACAUAAAUGUUGGGAGUUGGGGUAACAGCGGCCUACAGAUGGAUGAUGAUGAAAUCUGGUCCAGUAAAGAUGCCAUCAUUAAAUCAGUGUGCAGUGAACCCUGUGACCGAGGCCAAAUCAAGGUCAUUCGUAAAGGAGAGGUGAGCUGUUGUUGGACGUGUACUCCCUGUAAAGAGAAUGAGUUUGUGUUCGAUGAGUAUACCUGCAGGGCCUGCCAACUGGGCACUUGGCCAACACAUGACCUUACAGGUUGUGAUCCGAUUCCUGUGGAGUAUCUUCGCUGGGGUGACCCUGAGCCCAUCGCUGCUGUCGUCUUUGCCUGUCUCGGACUCAUGGCUACGUUUUUCGUCACGUCGAUCUUCAUCAUCUACCGCGACACUCCGGUAGUCAAAUCCUCCAGCCGAGAACUCUGCUACAUCAUCCUGGCCGGGAUCUGCCUGGGCUACCUCUGUACCUUCAGUCUCAUUGCCAAACCUCACGUCAUCUACUGUUACCUUCAACGUCUGGGUAUCGGUCUGUCUCCGGCCAUGAGUUACUCAGCCCUGGUCACCAAAACCAAUCGAAUCGCACGAAUUUUAGCUGGCAGCAAAAAGAAAAUCUGUACUAAGAAACCCCGUUUCAUGAGUGCCUGUGCCCAGCUGGUCAUCGCCUUCCUCCUCAUCCUGCUGCAGUUGGGGAUCAUCGUGGCGUUGUUCAUAAUGGAGCCCCCAGAGGUCAUCCAUGACUACCCCUCCAUCCGUGAAGUCAAGCUCAUCUGUAACACCACUAAUCUGGGUGUAGUUACUCCACUGGGUUACAACGGCCUUUUAAUCAUGAGCUGUACUUUCUACGCCUUCAAGACGAGAAAUGUGCCCGCAAACUUUAAUGAGGCAAAAUACAUUGCUUUUACCAUGUACACAACCUGCAUUAUCUGGCUGGCAUUUGUGCCAAUCUACUUUGGCUCCAACUAUAAAAUCAUUACCAUGUGCUUUUCUGUGAGUCUCAGCGCCACCGUAGCUUUGGGCUGUAUGUUUGUUCCGAAGGUUUACAUUAUCCUGGCCAAACCAGAGCGGAAUGUCCGGAGUGCGUUCACCACCUCCACAGUGGUGCGCAUGCACGUCGGAGACGGAAAAUCCUCUUCUGCAGCCAGCCGUUCCAGCAGCCUGGUUAACCUGUGGAAGAGACGUGGCUCGUCUGGGGAGACACUGAGCUCUAAUGGAAAGUCUGUGACAUGGGCUCAGACCGAACGCAGCUCCAAGGGAACCCAUUUGUGGCAGCGUUUGUCUUUCCACAUUAAGAGGAAAGAAAGCAACCAGACAGCCGUAAUCAAACCGUUCUCCAAAACCUCUGAAGGGCGCUACUGCGGGGGCAGCGACAUCACUCCAGAAACUGGCCCAAAAAUGCUCUAUGACGUCACUGAAACAGAAGAACGUUAUCCUGUAACCUACCGUCCCCAAACGCCGUCUCCCAUCAGCACCAUUAGCCAACGGGCAGCAAUAUCACUUGGAUGUGGCCAGGAAGCUGACUCCCAAGUUUUGGGUGUGACCUCAUACCUGAACCAGGCUCCUCCACCUCCCCCCAAUACUCGUAGUGGACCAGUGGGAGGGAUCGGUGGGCCAGUGGGAGGGAUCGGGGGGCCAGUGGGAGGGAUCGGUGGAGGUGUGUCUUGCAGUGGAAGUGCAUCCCAGGGUUCUUUGAUGGAACAGAUCAGCUGUGUGGUGAAUCGGUUCACUGCCAAUAUCAGCGAGCUCAACAGCAUGAUGCUCUCUAGCUCUCCACCACCGGGGGGCGCCACGGGAUUGUCCUCUAGCACAUCCGCACACAUUCAUGGCCGCUCUCUUGACCCACCCUGCUGCCCAUCUGCUUAUCUGUUGCCACGGGAGGUUUCUAUGCCAACCACCAUGACCACUUACGCUGAGAUACAGCCUCUUCCACCUGUUGAAUCAAACGGGGGCCGUCCGUCCUGCGCCCAUUCCAGCACCUCCGGAGGCCCAGGGGUCAGGGAGUCUCCCGAGACUGGCAUAAAGGAGCUAAUGGUCGGUACUGCCCCAGCACUCGAGUGCCCAGUUACAAAGCCUGAGCUGGAGGAGCUUUUGGCUCUGACACCACCCUCCCCUUUUAGGGACUCGGUGGGCUCAGGUAGUGGAUCACCCAACUCCCCUGCAUCAGAGUCCAGCAUGGGCCUGGCCAUCUCCCCCAAAUAUGAGUGUCUGGUGCUGCGUAACUACAGCCAGAGUUCCUCUUCUCUUUGA